UCAAUGUUUCUCAUCAAGGAGAUUAUGCAGUCCUUGCAGCUGAGCCUGAGCUUCAAGUUGGCAUUGAUAUUAUGAAGACCGAUUUACCAGAUCAGUUUAAGAUGCACUCUUGAGUCAUUUGGAAAAAUGCACACUGUCCUGUAAAUUUGUUAGUAGAAGUGUCUGUGGACAUUAUUUGGCCAGACAGUAAAAACAGAUUUAAUAAAAGCAAAGCAAACACUUGGAGAUGAUAUCUACAAGAGUAGAUACAACUGAUACAGGUAGUAGCUCAAUUCCAAAUUUCUUUCACAUAAUGAAGCGACAGUUUACUGAAACGGAGUGGGAUGUGAUCAAGUCUACGAGUAAUGAAUGGAUGCAGCUGGAUAUGUUUUAUCGGCAUUGGGCCUUAAAAGAAAGCUUCUUAAAGGCCAUUGGAGUUGGAAUUGGCUUUAACUUGCAAAGAAUUGAAUUUACUGUGUCUCCAUUGCAACUGGAAAUAGGGAAGGUGUAUAAGGAGACAAAAAUGUUUCUGGAUGGAGAAAAAGAAGAGGAGUGGACAUUUGAGGUAAAGAACAUGUUUUCACUAGUGGAAACCCGCUUGGAUGACCAUCAUCAUGUUGCAGUGGCGCUUGGGAAACAGGAGGGAUUUGUACAGAAGGAUUCUGAGGAGUUGUGCUGCAUUCAGUCAGGGCACAUUUCCUUCAUACAAGCAUGUGCUGAAGUUCAAACUACAUCUGUUAACAACUACUUAGCUCGGAGGCUUCGUUCAUAUUUGGUCCAUUCCAUGGAGCCUAACCAACCACAAUUUACAUUAUUGACUUUUGAAGAUUUAGUUGCAUCUGGUAUUCCGGUCACACCUGAGGAUUCUGCAUAUUGGGACAAUUUCUGCUCAAAGCAGGAGUGUCCAGUGAGACAGAGUUCACAUUCAAGAUAAGACUGUGUAUAAGAAAAAGAAACUUGUCAAAGUUCUUAUGCUGUUAUCCUGUUUAAUUUGAAGUACGGGAAUAAGUGCACAUAUGUAAAUUAAAUGUAUCUUUCCCUAUUUAAGCUGACAACCUAAUUUUCAUGACGCUUCAUUGGAAUUGUAAGGAAGACAUGUUUCCUUACUGAAGGAAUUCUGAAUGAGAAGCCUAAACAAAAAUGCCUUUUUACAUCUCCUUGCCUGUGGUUCUUGAACUUCAGUAAUUAUCCAGGCUAGGAACAGAAAGCAUUGUACAGUAAUGUUGUUUAUUAGUGAACAUGUGUUUAGCAUAUAAAAAUGUGUUUCCAUACUUACUUAUGCUGAAGCUUAAAUUAUGAUACUGCUUUUUCUCUUACAAAAAUUAUUCAUUUAUUCUUAGAUAGAUGAAUAAAGUCAGGAAAAUUGGUACAAAUUCUUAUGCUGUUACUGUGUGGUGCAAGUGUUUGCACAACACUUGGUGUUUGUGUAAUGCCAGGCUGAAAAGGUCUGAGUCUUAGUAGUCUUGGAGCUACAUGUGUGCAAAAAUAGUUUGAGACAGGGAAUUAACUGACAAACAUUUCAUAGUCUUUUCACUUAUCUUUGUUAAUUAAAACUUCCUGUAUGUAGCUUAGAAUUUGUCUUUUAACAGUUCUUUUUUGUAUUUUUUCCCUCAGCAAUAGAUGCAAGUCAAGCAGCAGUUCAAUUUUCCUAGGCUUGCCAUUGGCAUCAGUCAUGGGGGGGAACCCAAAGGAAAAAAGAAAGCUAUUUACUUUUUUUCCCAAAUAGUGUUUUAACAGCUGAUGACAGAACAUUUUAAUGCCUAACAGGAAAUUAAGGUUUCUGGAGAUCUGUAGAUCUUGAGUGCACAUCUAGAAUAUUUUGUCAUCUUUGAAAACAGAUCAUGUUUUGUGCCAUUACCUCUCUCUCUUCUUUCUAGAAAUCACAGAUACAAUGUGGUUCAUCUAAAUUUAAGAAAACAUACUGAACAGAAUGAUCUUUGCACAAAAAAUAAUUACCUUCUGUCCUACAGUUAAACACAGAUCUUCAUUGAAUUUGAGCUUGUGUACAACUAGGCUGCACCCUGUAUUCUGGUGUACACCAUGAAAAGGAAAAUCCACUUGUACUGUAACUACUGAGUGAUGCCUUAUUACAAAGAUGAAGAAAAGUUUGCGAGAGAGGAUGAUUUUUACAACUAUUAUACAAUACAUUAGGAGUUCUGCUGUAGGUAAUUCUGAAUUCAGACAUGCUGUUAAACUCUCAUGCUUCCAGUGCUGAUGAAUAUUUUUGUUUCCAUUUCUAUGACUCUCAUCCUACAUACUAAUCAUAGUUUUUAGCGUUUUACUUUUUUUUUCCCCUCCAAAACUACAAAUCAGUGAAGCAAUGACUCUUCCCUCCAGAAUCCACAGGGGCUAAAUUAGAUGUUCAGUAACUUCAAACCUGAAAUUUUAAAAAAUACAGAAUAUUUUAUAUACAAAUUUAUAUACAAAUUCUAAGACAUGUAUUUUUUGUCUUUAAUGAAAAUGAAGUUCAAAUUCAAUCAGUAAUUUGCAAUGCACAGAUGUUCAGUAUAUUCCAAUUAGUCACUGGACCCAUCAAUUGCAGCUUUGUCUGAGAGUUUGAAAUUGCCAACUUUUUUGCUUGGACAGUUAAUCAAAUUGCAAAUAUGGGAUGAGCUGAAUAAAGACAUUUCAGGUCUAGAUUUUUGUGGAUAAGAGAAUUAAUUUCAUAUUAGAGAUUAGUUAUUUUUGCAUGGAAGCAGUGUCUCAAACAAGAAAUUUUCUUUCAUUGGAGAGAGUUUUAAAAAUAUUAAUGACAUCAUUUAUAAUAUUUUGCUUGCAUGUAAGUAGAAGACAAGCCAAUUUUGUUAAAUUAGAAAAUUGUGCUUGGUUUUCUUGCAAGGAAUAUGAUAGUUUUCAAGACUGUAUCUAAUUAAAAAGACCUAGAAAAGUUUGUUUUGGUUAGUUUUCCAUGAAAUAAAAUUUUAGUUUAGAGUAGUUCCUAGAGAAUUGUCUAGAAGACUGCAGUUUCUCACAUUGUGAUUUUUUUCUAUGUCUUUUAAUUUACACUGAACUGUUUGAAGAAUAAGAUUAAUCUCCUUUUUAAUCUUAAUAGCAAAAAGGUUAGGUGAUGGUAAUGCCUUUUGAAGAGCCACUUGAGACAGGUUGUUUCAUGUCAGUGCAAAUGGACACAAUUGUUACACUUGCUUUUACCUCAGUGGGAAAGAGCAGCUGGAUCGUUACAGAAUUUUUGGCUAAAAGCAUGCUGCUAAAAGGCCAGCAGGACGUUCUGACUCCUUAUGAAUGUGAAUGAUUCUUCUUAAAGUCAGAAGCAAGUUUUUCUGGGUAUCUGUGCUGUGGAGGCAUGCACUGAAAUAAGCGUUGCUAGUCUGUACAAAUAAAUUAAUGUGAUUUCACAGUUCUAAGAUUAAUUUAUUUUUUAAUUUGCCAUCACACUUUUUGCUGAUAAAAGGAUAAUUGGGCCCUUUCUCUACACAAGGCCAUAACACUGACUUGCAUUUCCACUUAAUAUAGUCUUAAUGAUCACAGAGUCCCUCUGCCGUUUGAGAACAGAUCCAGCUUCCCUCACAAGGUCCAGUUGUUGGCCCAGUCCAGGGUAGGUGAGCUGAUCUUUGCUGUCUCCCAUCAUUCUUCUGUCCCUGUUACAUCUGAAAGCCUCAGGGCCUUUUGUUUCCUUCUCCAGAGUUCCAUUCCUUCAUCUGCUUUGUUUUCUAGAUACUGUCUUUGACAUAGUUGUACCAUGUGCCUGAGAGUAAGAAGCUGCGAAAACACAGGCUCUGCUCCACAUGAGCCUUUCCCAGCAGUGACUGUGGCUGGGUAGACCUUUUCCCUGUGGAACAGCACUGACCUGUCAUGCUGUUUCUCAAAUUCUCAGAUUUAGGUCUUAGAUUAGAUCUGCUGUCCUAGGUGGCAUAUCAACACAGUGUUUCUGAGAAGUGUUUAAUAACAGUCUCUGACCAAAUAAUAAAUUUUGAAAGUUUUGGCCAUCAGUGAAAAGAUUGUUAAAAGUGAAUAGAUGUGUUUUAGUUUGGAUUUGUUCAAAAGUUUUUGUAUCUUACACCAAAAAUGGUCAAGUGGAUUAGGAGCUCAGUGGGUAACACUGGGUUCAAGGCAGUCAACAACUGUGUGACAAGAGACAGAUGCCAUUUGGUGUGAAAAUCUGUAACUUUGAAAAGUGGAUCUUGUGAGUUCACUCAGCCUUUUACAGGGUCUGUAAACUUGGACAAGAUGUAGAUUGUUACUGUCUUAUGGGAUCAAGUCCACUGAUGUUAAUCAAGUCUGCUCAUCUUAGACAAGAAAUCAGCGAUGCAUCAACAGAAGCAGUGUAUAUAUGGUUGUUAUAUGUGUGCUCUGGGAAACAUCCAGGCAACAGUUCAACUUUAAACAACCAUCUUUACCCAAGACACUGCAAUAAGGCGAUGACUUGCAAAAAAAGUUGAAAAGAUGGUUAUGCAAGUCACGACAGAGUGCCCUUUGUUGGAGCUUUACAGGAUUGUAGUGCUACAUUCUACAAAGAAGAUAAAAGUGGUUCUUGGCAGAAUUGAUACAACCAUGUCUAAAACAGCAACUGAGAUUGUCAGCCUUGACUACUGCCUAAUUCUGCAGGUGUGCUUCAUUAUCCUCUGGAAUACAGUUAGUUUUGAUUACUUCACUCUUUGUAGAAGACGCAAGCAUGAAAAUUACUAUUGAAUUUUCAAGAGACAACAUUUGAAAAAUGGUUUGUUUUUUUCAAAAAGUCAUUUUUUUGUAAUAUGUUAUUUUCUUGCACUGCGCAUGUUUUUUAUGGGUAGACACUGUGUUUGAAUCCCGUUUCUUUUAAUAUUUGGUAUAAUUUCUCUACUGCAAUAAAAUGUGGAUUGUUUUGUG